GUAAGGCGGUCUUACGAGAUUAGGAAGAUAGCUUACUACGUGGGCAUUUAAAACCUCCAGCAGUUUUCAACAAGAUUCUGAACGUUUUGGUGUUCCGUCGAGUUACUAAACAACAACUCUAAACAUGCCAGCCAAACAGAGGAUGAGACUUGCCAAUGACAAGGCCAGCAAAAACGUCACACAGAGAGGAAACGUGCCAAAAUCUUUAAAACCCGAGGAGGAUAAAUACCCAGUUGGACCAUGGCUAAUAGCUUUGUUUGUGUUUGUUGUAUGUGGCUCAGCUGUGUUCCAGAUCAUCCAAAGCAUUAGGUUUGGAUAAGACCUCGGACUCAAUGACCCUCAACAGCCUCCGUUACACCAUGGAUUGCAAGGACUACGAAUACAAGAAUACGACUCUAUCACCAGACAUUGACAUCAUUUAAUCAUUUGUGAGACAGAACGUUUUAUUACCAAAAGUUUCACAAGAAGAACUUGUAUAUAUAGAUAUUUAUAAGUGUAAGAAUGAAACCCACUGCUACUUGUGCAGGGAGUUGUUAAAUGCAAUAGCUAAUAGACUGGCCAUCGUGACAUUUCUUCAAAACUCCUGGAUAUUGAAACAGGCUGCCAGCUAUUUUUAGUGAUAUGCAACAUAAUUCCUCACCUGAUUUGCAUACUUGACUACCUAAUUUGCAUCAUAUUUGAAAAUGGGAGGACUACUGAAAACUGGAAAGAC